CACCACUGAAAUGACCGUUCUAGGGUACCCACCUGAGGUCCACGGUGGCUAUAUGAUUGGUCCCGAGAUACUGCGUCCACUCUCUUCCAUCCCUCAACGCUCCUGCUUGAUCCAACCUGGCUCAUCCUUCCCCAAUUCUGCCGCUCUCCAAGAAAAAUUAAAAACCUCUUCACAACCCUCCUUUCUGGAUCACUUACUCAGUCCUUUUGAUCUCACAGCCAUAUUAUCUCACUUCACAUCGGUAGUUAUUGUUUCCUCCUCGUUCCUUUUUUUGUUGUCUCUUGUGCCCCAUACGCGCCUACUCGCCGUCGUAUAACUACAAACCGCCAACGCGAAAGGGGAGAGAGAAACCUGCAUCCAAAAUUUUCACGCGUUCCAACCAACCGAUCGACGCUUCCCAAAAAGUUUUAAGAUAAAAUGUCUUCCCCAGAGGCCCGUGCUGGUGUCAAGCGACCCCGUACCCAAUCGCUCCCUCCUCCCGCCCUCCCUCAGCUGGUCGCUGAGCAGCACACUCCCAUCCCCCCGGCCGACAAGGACUCUCAACGCCUUAUCGUCGUUCUGUCAAACGCGAGCCUCGAGACUUAUAAGGCCUCGCAUGGCGGCACCGGUCGCAAUGGGGCCCAGCGAGAGGAGAAGUACUCGCUCCUGAACAGUGACGAGCACAUUGGCGUUAUGCGCAAGAUGAACCGCGACAUUAGUGAUGCGCGCCCAGAUAUUACUCACCAGUGCCUCCUUACCCUGCUCGACUCUCCCAUCAAUAAGGCCGGCAAGCUCCAGAUUUACAUACACACCGCCAAGGGUGUUCUGAUUGAGGUCUCUCCUUCGGUCCGCAUCCCGCGUACUUUCAAGCGUUUUGCCGGUCUAAUGGUGCAACUAUUGCACCGCCUGUCGAUCCGCUCGACCAACUCUCAGGAGAAGCUUCUGCGUGUCAUUCAGAACCCCAUCACGGACCACCUGCCACCCAACUGCCGCAAGGUCACCCUCAGUUUCGAGGCGCCUCUGGUUCAUGUGAGAGACUACAUCGACACACUUGGCCCCAAGGAAAGCGUAUGCGUUUUUGUCGGCGCCAUGGCCAAGGGCUCCGACAACUUUGCCGACGGUCUGGUGGACGACAAGAUUUCUAUCAGCAACUAUAGCUUGUCUGCCAGUGUUGCUUGUAGCAAAUUCUGCCAUGCUGCUGAGGACUCUUGGGACAUCCAGUAA